CCCCGGGACCCCCAUUCCGGGAACACCCCUGUUACCCGCCGCUCUGGCCCGGCUGGGCCCCCAGAGUCCGAUGGCGGCGGGCGCGCUGAGGCGCCGGUUGGAGGUUGCUGCUGUGGAGCAGAGGAUGUGGAAGCACCCACUGAACAGAAACUCUCUGAACAAGUGUCACAAGAAAAGUAUCCCAAGGCAGCUUUGUCUUCCCAGAAGGGCCACCCCUGUGAGAGAUGUGGGCCGGUCUUAAGAGACAUUUUCCUCUUGGUUGAUCAGCAAGGAACGCAACACAGUACAAUACUGCUGAGGUGUGGAGCAUGUGCAAAACCAUUUUAUUUCAGUGCCUGGAGGAACCAGCAUCAGGAACAGGACACAACACAGAAUUACCUCCUAAACAGUGUGGACAGUGUCUCACUUGGAGAGAGCUGCAAUUCCCAUAUGUCAUGGAAGCCUCAUACGUCCAGUCAGGUUGGAAAAGACUUCACCAUGACCUCAGGACAUCCAGUGCAAGAGGAUACUGACACCAUGCACAGGGCAAACAAAAUCUCUCAGUCUGGAAUAACUUUUCACAAUACGAAGUAUCAUUAUGUCCAAAUAGAAAAUAAGAAUUCCAUGGGUUGUGAAGAUACACUUUUUGAUGACCAGAGGUUCCUUACAGGGAGACAGUGUUUUGUGUGUUUUGAAUGUGAGAAAUCAUUUUCCAGAAUUUCUGCCUUCCGUGUUCAUCAGAGAGUUCACACUGGAGAAAGGCCUUAUGAUUGCAGUGCGUGCAAGAAAUCAUAUACCACUGGUACUGCCCUCCACAACUAUCACAACGUUCACAAUGGAGUAAGGCCUUAUGAGUGCAGUGAAUGCGGGAAAUGUUUUCCCUAUAGCUAUGUUCUUAGACAUCAGAGAGUUCACACUGGAGAAAAGCCUUAUGAGUGCAGUGAAUGUGGGAAAUUAUUUAGGUGGAGGUCUGGUUUUCUGAAUCAUCAGCGAAUUCACACUGGAGAAAGACCUUAUGUUUGCAGUGAAUGUGGAAAAUCUUAUAUCACUAGUUCUAACCUCAAAAAACAUCAGACAGUUCACAGUGGAGAAAGGCCUUACGAGUGCAGUGAAUGUGGGAAGUUCUUUCGCAGUGCUUCUGCCCUCCGUGUACAUCGCAUUGUGCACACUGGAGAAAGGCCUUAUGAGUGUAGUGACUGUGGGAAAUUUUUUCGUAGGAGGUCCAAUGUUUUGGAGCAUCAGAGAGUUCACACUGGAGAAAGGCCUUAUGAGUGUAGUGAAUGUGGCAAAUGUUGUACCAGUAGGUCUGGCCUCUAUAAACAUCACAGAGUUCAUACUGGAGAAAGGCCUUAUGAGUGCAAGAAAUGUGGGAAAUCUUUUGCCAGGAGCUUUACCCUGCGUUGCCAUCAGAGAAUUCACCUUGGAGAAUAACCUUAUGACUGUAGUUUAUGUGCAAAUACUUUCAUUAGUAGGUCCACCUUUUGUCAUCAUUGAGCUGUUUA